GAGGGAAGGCGGGGCAGGCGGCUGGUGGUUUCCCGGCAGGGAGGACGGACAGAGGGCGAGCAGAGCGGUGGAGAAGGAGGAGGAGAAGGCUGUGUCGUCGUCGACGGAGAGAGGCAGCGGGAGCGCCCCAUAGAGAAGAAGAAGAAAGGCCUCAGUCCGCCUGGUUUAUUAGGCGGCGGAUCCUGUCUCUCUCUCUCUCUGUGUCUCUCCUCCUCCCCGAGUGGAACGCAUUGCGUCAUCGCCAGUGACGUCACCAUGGAGGUCGAGAUGCCGCAGGAUAUGAAUCUGAUUGACAUUCUCUGGAGGCAAGAUAUUGAUCUUGGAGCACGGCGUGAAGUUUUUGAUUUUAGCCAAAGAAAGAAAGCUUCUGAGCUUGAGAAACAGAAGAAGCUGGAAAGAGAGAGACAAGAACAGCUUCAGAAAGAGCAAGAGAAAGCCUUCCUUGCCCAAUUGCAGCUGGAUGAGGAAACAGGUGAAUUUGUUCCUAUCCAGCCUACUCAAGCCAUUGAAUCAGGAAACACUGCCAUAUCCAAUAAUUACUCUCAGAACGUACAUAUUUCCAAGCAAGAUGCGGACAAUCUGUUUAGUGACGUGUUUGAUGACUGCAUGCAAGUAUUGGCAGAAACGUUCUUGUUUGUAGAGGACCCAAAGGUUUCUCCAGUUGAAUUUCAGCAAGUGGCUCCGUCUGACAUUGAGAGCAACCAAGUAUUUGUUGACCCUAAUCAUAUGCAGCCGCUUGAUUCAUCUGUCCUUCAGCCUGCCAUUUCAGAGUUUGCAAUGACUCCUGGUGAGAGCACACAGGACAUGGAACAAGUGUGGGAAGAAUUGUUGUCUAUUCCAGAGCUCCAGUGCCUUAAUAUUCAAAAUGACAACCUGGCAGAAGUAACCCCAAACACCUGCACAGCAAACACAAUGUCUGAGGCUGCAAUCGACUUUACUUUCUACAACCCAUUACCCCCCAUGGAGAAUGAAGUUUCUACCUGCAGUCCAGAGUUUCUGAAGCCUUUGGAGGCCUCUUAUUCUGGCAUUUUACUGCCAGAUCUAAGCCAAAAUAACACAUCAUCCACAAGCAGUGACUUUUGUGAAGAUUUCUAUCCUGAUUUUAUUGAUGUCAAAGCGAACAACAGCAUAACCAGCCCACCACCCAAUUUUGUGGACCAGGCUCUUACUGGCUUUUUAAAUGAACCUAUUGAUCUGUCUGAUUUUGCUCAGUGCAAAGCUUUUAACUGUGAUCUUGCAGGAAACCCACAAGAAUGUACUGAUUCUGACUCUGGCAUUUCACUGAACAGAAGUCCCAGUACAACUUCUCCAGCUCAUUCUAUUGAUUCGUCUUCUAUCUGUAGAGAUACAGGCUUUGGAUGCAGUGAUACUGAAAUAGAAGAGAUGGAUAGCGCCCCUGGGAGUGUGCAACAGAGCAAUACCCAAAUGCCUGUGUUUCAGUUUCUGCUACCACUCUCUCCACCUGUAGAGCAAAGGAGCCCCACAGCUGCUUCACCAGUUAAAGGUGAGGUCAAAAGAGAAUUGCCUGCCAACCCUGGUCAUUCUGAGGCUCCGUUCAUGAAGGACAAAUCCUAUAGCCAAGAUGAAGCACAUCUCACAAGAGAUGAGCUUAGAGCAAAAGCUCUGCAGAUCCCUUUUCCUGUUGAAAAAAUCAUCAACCUCCCUGUAGAUGACUUCAAUGAAAUGAUGUCUAAGGAGCAAUUCACUGAGGCCCAGGUUACGCUUAUUCGUGAUAUACGAAGGCGAGGUAAAAACAAAGUGGCUGCUCAAAACUGCCGUAAAAGGAAACUAGAAAACAUUACGGAGCUGGAGUAUGAUUUAGGUUACCUUAAGGAUGAGAGGGAGAAGCUUCUGAAGGAGAAAGCAGAGAAUGAUAAAAGCCUACACCUGUUGAAAAAGCAGCUAAGCACACUAUACCUUGAGGUCUUCGGCAUGCUCCGAGAUGAAGAUGGAAAGCCUUACUCAGUUAACGAAUACUCAUUACAGCAAACAAGAGAUGGUGGUAUCUUCCUUGUUCCAAAGACCAAGAAACCAGGGACUAAAAUGUGAAAAGCAAGGAGGCAAACAACCUAUUAUUUUUACAUUUCUUUUCUACCAGUGGGGCUUCCUGAUGCAGAAUUUGCCCUGCUUUUAAGUGACUUUAUAUAGCUCUUUCCUUUAGAGUUAAGUAUAUGAAUACACUUUAAAUCAUUAUCAUUGCAACAAAUAUAUGCACAAUUGAUAAUUCUUCUGUAAGACACUAGUUCCUACUUUUGUAAUGGCAGCAGUGACUCGUUUCUUUUCUACUGUAAAUAUUUCCAAAUUAUUUAUAUUCUGUUCCUAUAGUUUAUUUUACUCAAAUGUGUAUCAAGCAUGAUUUAAGACUGGUGACCCUAAUUACUACCAAGACUAAUCUUAUGCUUUCAGAUACAUUAUUUUAUAAACAUAAAUGGAAUGUGUGCAGUUUCUUACCAAUUUUUAAAACUUCCUUUGCUUUAUUAUAAGAGCUUGAAUGUAGUAGUGUAAACACACAUAAAGUGACACCAUUAAAGUACAAUCUAGUCAAAGCCAAGCAUUUUGAUGGCUUAAGACCUUCAGUGGCAGUAUUAAACACAUGCAGAGCUCAUUGAAAUGAAUGAGACUUCAAGAUGGUUAUGUUUGAGCUGGAUUGUGUCUUUAAAGUCUGUUCUGCAUACAAAAGUAUGCACUAAGGAAUGCUAAUCUUUAGAUUUUGUACUUUUGAAAUAAAGCAUGUACGGUCUUAA